UUUGGAUUGUAAUACGCAAGGACAAAGGUAUUCUUCGUUCGCUGGCUGGUGAUAACGAGAUUGAUCAUUUUCAGAUAUUCCGUAUUAUCUUCGGGGCUUUGAACUUUAAGGUAGAGAUAUUUGCUUCUUGAGACAUUUUUGGAACGUAACAGAUAUGCAGAGAAGGUAUGGAAUUAUAGAAAAAUUUAUCCGAAUGAGUACAAAGGCUCAUCAGUACAAAGACUCAGAUUGCAAUGUACAAUUAUUAGAACCCGUCAAGUACAUGCAAAAAUGUCUCGAGACACGCUUGGAAUACAAGAUACCAAUUGCUUUCAACGUGUGGUUAAAAAUACCAGUGGAUAAAUUUCGUGAAAUUGCACUUAUAUCAAAGACAAUACAUGUUUCCACUAUUAUAAUCGAUGAUAUACAAGAUGAAGCGAAAAUAAGAAAAGACGUUCCAGUAGCUCACUCUAUCUAUGGAAUAGCUAAUAGUUUGAAUGCCGCGAGCCAUGCUAUGCUCCUUGCUGUACAAAAAGUUCACGCGUUGAAUCAUCCGCAGGCUAUGGAAAUAUUCCUAGAGGAAAUAUUGAACAUUCACACUGGACAGGGUCUGGAAAUUUAUUGGAGAGACAAUUUCACUUGUCCAUCUGAAGAGUCGUAUAAGGCGAUGGUGCUUGGAAAAACAACAGGACUUCUCAGUUUUAUGGUCCGUUCGAUGCAACUGUUUUCAAAUUGCAAAGAGGAUUUUACUCCCUUGAUAAAUAUCAUGGGGUUGUACAUCCAAAUUUGUAACGACUACACUAAUUUCCAUUACGACUCGAAUACUAAUGACGAAGGCUACGCCGAUGACCUGAGUACAGGGAGUUUCAAUUUUCCUAUCAUGCAUGCUAUACAAACUCAUCCAGAAGAUACACAAAUAAAGACCAUUCUGAAACAACGGACGAAGGAUAUUACAGUGAAACGAUAUUGCGCCAAACUGUUAAAAAAGUUCGGUUCUUUUGCUUAUACGUUAAGUGUACUCGAGGAUUUGGAUAUGGAAGCAAGGAGAGAGAUCGAGCGUUUGGGAGGAAAUCCAUUGUUCGUGAAGAGUUUGGAUAAAGUUGUAGCGGCCGUUUUAUAGCCAUUACGCCCUUGCCAGGGCAUGAAUUUACCUUAUAUAUUAUAUCUUUACUAUUAGAUCGAGGAAAUGUAUAUAUUGAAGGGAGGUUUGAAGAAAGACGCUCAGUCUGUUUU